CCAAAGGUCAGGAGAAAUAGUCCUAUAUCAAGGAAGUCUUAGAACGCAAAAAAAAGUUAGUUUCAUAAAUGAAAUAUUUUUACGUAUAAAAUUUCACGUUACACCCGAUCUUGCUUCUUUAAACAGAUCAAUGAAUCGUCAGUCAAAAUGGAAUAACAGCGUUGGGGUAUCAUUUACAGAUGACGAUCCAAGAGAUUCUCCUACCUUAGACAUUGCGGAGUUUGCUGGAGACGAUUUUAAACCUGCAACAUAUAUUCAAAAAGCGUUGGCAAAUGCCACUGAAGAUGACGUAAGAGCAUUUUUAGACUCGCUUCGAGAAUCUAAAGAAUUAGCCUCUAUCGAUCUUCAGAGAAAUUUAGAAAGUGAUAUGCUAGUCUUACGAGGAUUGUUAAAUAAAUUGCAAAUUGUUAGUGACGAUUUGAGAGACGAUAGUUCAGAAUCUAUAAAUGUUGGUACUGCGCCAUCAGUGACCUCUGAACCCAUUGUACACAGAGGACGAAAGCCAACCUUAAAUAAUGCGUCAGAUAUGCAGUCAAUUUGGAAAGCGCAAAUUCAAGCACUCUGGGAUGGUGUGGAAGGUGCACAGAAUUUUGUCACAUUGGAACCUGGUCGUCAUAUUAUUCGCGAAUGUUCAAACUUUGUAGAAAUUAGUAUGAAUACUAAUAGGCCGAAACAAGCUGUUCACCUUUUUUUACUCAACGAUUGCUUAUUAGUUGCUGUAAAAAAAAAAAGACAAGCGACAAAAGAUACAACGAAGAUUAGACUAGUAGCAGAUCGUUGUUGGUCUUUAGACGAUAUUAGUUUAAUAGAUAUGAAAGAUGCUGAUG